GGUCAGAGCAAUCAAAUCACUUUCAACUUCUUCCUUGAAUUUUUUUUUGGUUCUCUCAGUUGCCAGAAAGGCAGAAACUAUUAUUUACGAAAGAGACCUUAGACAGUUACUAUCAUUCUAAUUUAAACCCGAAGGUUUGCCAAGUGCACUGUCGUUAAACCCAAGACUCCGCCGCGAGAACACCGGCGCAAAGAGAUGGAGUCACCUAAGGAACAGAGCUCUUACACAGUUGAGCAGCUCGUCGCCGUCAAUCCCUUCAACCCUGAAAUCUUACCUGAUCUCGAAAACUAUGUCAACGAGCAGGUUACGUUGCAAACGUAUAGUCUGGAUGCAAAUCUAUGCUUGCUCCGUCUCUACCAGUUUGAGCCUGAGCGUAUGAAUACUCAUGUUGUGGCUCGUAUCUUGAUCAAGGCUCUUAUGGCUAUGCCUACUCCAGACUUCAGCCUUUGCCUCUUCUUGAUUCCCGAACGAGUGCAAAUGGACGAGCAGUGCAAGGCACUUAUUGUUCUCUCACAUUACCUUGAGACUGGGAGGUUCCAACAGUUCUGGGAUGAAGCUGCCAAGAACCGUCACUUUCUCGAGUCUGUUCCUGGUUUUGAGCAAGCUAUCCAAGCAUAUGCAAGUCACCUUCUUAGCUUAAGCUACCAAAAGGUUCCAAGAUCUGUGCUUGCCGAGGCUGUUAACAUGGAUGGUGCAUCCCUAGACAAGUUCAUCGAGCACCAAGUGGCUAACAGUGGAUGGAUUGUUGAGAAAGAAGAUGGAAGUAUCGUCUUACCACAGAAUGAAUUUAACCAUCCGGAACUAAAGAAAAACGCAGGUGAGAAUGUUCCCUUGGAACACAUCGCCCGCAUCUUCCCCAUCCUUGGUUGAACCAAAUUAUGAUGACUGCAACAGUUUUCUUUAGUCUCUCUAGCUUUCAUGUAAUACAACACUUUCAGACGUUGUAAUGUGUCCUUUUUUUUUGGCAUGGACCUUCUUCCUCUUUGCAAUAUUGAGAUAUUUUUUUUCAAAAUCAA